AUGCCGCCCAAGCGAAAGAGCACGGCGGCCACGGCCAAGGCAGAGCCGAGCACGCCAGCCCGGCGGUCUUCACGGAGAGCUGCGCCAAUCGAAGAGUCUGAGACGAAACCGACGAAACCGACGAAACCGACGAAACCGACGAAACCGACGAAACCGACGAAACCGACGAAACCGACGAAAUCGACACCACCAGCAAAGAGAGCGCCGACAGGAAAGACAGCAGCAGAAGCAGAAGUGACCCCGGGACCGUCAACGAAGCGAAAGGCAGCAUCAACACCGGCACCGGCACAAGCACCACCUGCGAAGAAAGCCAAGGGCAAGGGAAGGGCUGUUGCGGCAGCUAAAGAUGCGGUCAAGGACGAACCAGUCGCAGAAGAGGGAGCCGCCGCCGCGCAAGACCAAGACGACGACACGUCUGCCUCCACGGCCGCCCGGCAGUAUUGGCUCCUCAAGGCCGAGCCCGAGUCCCGCUUCGAGAACGGCGUCGACGUCCGCUUCUCCAUUGACGACUUGGCCGCGUGCACCGCGCCCGAGCCCUGGGACGGCAUCCGCAACUACACGGCGCGCAACAACCUGCGCAAGAUGAAGAAGGGCGACCUCGCCUUCUUUUACCACUCCAACACCAAGGAACCGGGCAUCGUCGGCACCAUGACGAUUGUGCGCGAGCACUCGCCCGACCUGGGCGCACACGACCCCAAGACGGCCUACUACGAUCCGAAAGCGGCGGCAGACCUAGCCGCGGGCAAAGAGCCCAAGUGGAGUGUGGUGCACGUGCAGUUCCGGAGCAAGUUUGCGCGGCCCAUUUCCCUCAAGGAACUCAAGGACAUGAGCGCGCCGGGGCAGCCGCUGGACAAGAUGCAGAUGCUCAAGCAGUCGCGGCUCAGCGUGAGCCAGGUGAGCGCCGACGAGUGGAAGCACUUGCUGCGUGUGGCGGGGGAAUCGUAG